CACAAGCCCACAGGCUCCACUCCACGCACGAACUUCCAAUCCAUCCGUCUCCUCGCCACGCGCGCCAGGCCACAGCCGCAACACGCUCGCUACUACUAGCAGUUACGCGCCCCUAUCCCCCCACCUCUCCCUUCCACUUUCCCCACCUCGCAGGCCAAACAAACGCACGCCAGGCGAGGCAGCACAAAGAAGCAGCGAGGCAGCCAUGUCGUACUACGACCGGCGCGGGGAGUCGUCGGUGCUGGAGGCGUUCACGCUGUCGCCGCUGCCGUACCCGGUGAUCCUGAUCCUGAUGAUGGUGACGCUGCUGCUGGGGGCGUCGUGGUUCUUCUCCUACGAGGAGUUCAUGGAGGAGGCGUCGGAGCAGUUCAGCUGGUUCCUGCUGGGCGUGCCCAUCGCGCUCGUCCUCCUCAUCCGCUGGAUCUCCUCCGUCGACACCUUCGAGGGCUACUUCGGCUUCUACCCCACCGAGAGCCGCUGGCGGGGCUACCCGGCCGCGCCCUCCGAGGGCAGCUCCCCCUGGGGCGUCGCCAUGGUCGUCCUCCUCCUCCUCGUCCUCGCCAGCUUCCACUCCACCUUCCAGGACAUGUGGAAGGCUUGAUGGAAUGAUCGGUUCUCCGAUCCAUACCUCGUACGUAUGUGUGUAUGUAUGUGAUUCCAUCGUGUCGAUCUGUAGUACGCCUAUGAAUGAUUGAUUGUUGCUUCCAGGCGGUUGCUGCACCUGCACGUAUGUAUGCCUUGCUUUUCCUCCUGUACUGUACAUAGAUGAUGGAGGUUAUAUUCUGCUAGUAGCUAAAAACUAUAGAGCUUGAGUGUUACCCCUCUGUACUGUUUCUUGUUCUGUGUCUUACUGAAUGAAUCAAUAGGUUUCUGUUGGAAAA